CUCCCCUCCAGGCUUGCUCCUCCCUCACCCAGCUCCUGUCUCUGAUGCACGUAUAGCCCGUACACACUGUGUCCCGACACCCCGCAGUCAGCCGCAUGGCUCCCCUGUGCCCUAGCCCCUGGCUCCCUCUGUUGAUCCCCGCCCCUGGCCAGGACCCCGCUGUACAACUGCUGUUGUUACUGCUGCUCCUGGUGCCUGCCCAUCCCCAGAGCCUGCCCCAGAUGCAGGAAACUCCCCCCAUGGGAGGAGAUUCAUCUGGGGAAGAUGAUCCACUGGGCGAGAAUGACCUACCCAGUGAGGAGGACCCACCUGGAGAGGAGGACCCACCUGGAAUGAAGACUGAAACAGAAGAAGAGGACUCUCUGAAGUUAGAGGACCUACCUACUGUUGAGGCUCCCAGAGACACUAGAGGCCCCCAGAAUAAUGCCCACAGGGACAAUAAAGGUGAUGACCACAGACGCUGGCGCUACGGAGGCGACCCGCCCUGGCCCCAGGUGUCCCCAGCCUGCGCAGGCCGCUUCCAAUCCCCGGUGGAUAUCCCCCCCGAGCUCACCGCAUUUUGCCCAGCGCUGCGCCCGCUGCAACUCUUGGGCUUUGAGCUCCCGCCGAUCCCAGAAUUGCGCCUGCGCAACAAUGGCCACACGGUUCAGCUGACCCUGCCUCCCGGGCUGGAGAUGGCCCUGGGCCCCGGGCGGGAGUACCGGGCCCUGCAGCUACAUCUGCACUGGGGGGCUGCGGGCCUCCCGGGCUCGGAGCACACGGUUGGCGGCCACCGUUUCCCCGCCGAGAUCCACGUGGUUCACAUCAGCACUGCAUUUGCCAAAGUGGACGAGGCCCUGGGGCGCCCGGGGGGCCUGGCCGUGUUGGCCGCCUUUCUUCAGGAAGGCCCAGAAGAAAACAGCGCCUAUGAGCAGUUGCUGUCACAUUUGGAAGAAAUCACUGAGGAAGACUCAGAGACUUGGAUCCCAGGACUGGACGUGUCUGCACUGCUGCCCUCUGACCUCAGCCGCUACUUCCAAUAUGAGGGGUCCCUGACCACACCCCCCUGUGCCCAGGGGGUCAUCUGGACUGUGUUCAACCAGACAGUGAGGCUGAGUGCUAAGCAGCUCCACACCCUCUCUGGCUCCCUGUGGGGACCUGACGACUCUCGGCUACAGCUGAACUUCCGAGCCACGCAGCCUUUGAAUGGGCGAGUGAUUGACGCCUCCUUCCCUGCUGGCGUGGACAGCAGCCUUAGGACUGCUGAGCCAGUCCACCUGAAUUCCUGCCUCGCUGCGGGCGACAUACUGGCCCUGGUUUUUGGCCUCCUCUUUGCUGCCACCAGCAUCGCCUUCCUUGUGCAAAUGAGAAGGCAGCAAAGACUCAGAAGUGGGACCAAAGGGAGUGUUAGCUACCACCCAGCAGAAGUCACCGAGACCGUCACCUAGAGGCCUGGAACUUGGAGAAUGUGCAGAGAGAAGCAGCCAGAGGAAUCUGAGGAGCAGCUGGAGACUUUGUUCUGUCCUGCCCAUCACACCACUUCCUUUUUAACCUCCAAGGUUUUUUUUAAAAAUAAAUGUUUCUAAUGAAA